AUGGGUUCCAACGGUUCGCGACACAGAAAUAGACGCGCAAAGCACAAAUCGGUCGGUAGAUCGUGCGUUGGCGGCGGCUCAUCAUGCAUCGGUGGAGACGCCUACGGCGCGACGUCGAGCGCGGACCAUUUGUACAACCACGACGACGAACUCUGCGAGAAGGUCUGCGCCGUCGCCGUCGUGCGCUCCGUCGGCGCCAAUCUCUUGCUGGACGCAAACGACUGGUACGCCCGAGUCGAGGCCGCGGACGAGGUGGCGGAAGAGAGUGAGCGCGAGACCGCGCAUAAGGGUGGCAAAGCGAAGCGUCUCGGCGAGCCGACGCCGCAGAGCCGACUCGAGGAGGCGAGACAUCCGCGAGAAAAAGAUAUGCUCGAACGCAUCGCGAGCGAAUCAAACGCGGACGGUGGGAUAUCGAUGCCGUCUCUUCGAGAUUCGGUGGUCUUGGAGAAGCUGCAGCGCGAUUUUGGGUCGACGGUGAAGCAAAAUGCGAAGAGCGUGGGCGAUUCCAUCAAGGCUUGGCGCGGUCGAGUUUUGAAGAUGCAUCAAGACGUGCAGGCUUCGUACGAGAAGACGUUGGAAUCAGCGCUCACGGAACACGAACGAACGUGGAACUCGCACGCGGCGGCGGAGAAACGGUUCCAUCGUCUCACGGCACUCAAGAGUAAGAAACAACAAGAAGACGAUACGUUGGAGCAUCAGAAGGAAAUCGACGCGGUGAACACGGAGAUUAACGCGCUCGUAGCGCAGCUCGAAAAGCUCGAGGAUCUCAUCAAGAUACGGUGUGACGAUUUCACGUCGUAUUACGUGCCACAGCUCACGUACGCGAUUCGUCUGUACUCGGUGAGUCAAAUCGACAAACUCGAGGCGUGCAACGAGGCAGUGGCGCUCGCAGCGUCGACGAAUAUCGACACGCUUCGCGAGGAGUUGGAGGACAUGCACCUGCCGUCGAAAGUUGCGUUAGAGAGUCCACCCACACCACCAAGAAUGCGAACAUCGAAGCGGCGCCAUAAGACCGGGGCGUUGAUAUCGGCGUCUGCGUCCUCGUCGCCAAACGUUCAGGAACCGUCGAGCGAGGACGAGCUUGAAGAAGGCGAGAUUCGCGACGAUGAACCGUCCACUGUUCCCGCGAAACAAGAACACGAAGUGGAUGUCAUCGCUUCGAGCGCGGCGGCGGCGUGA